GUAACAUCACAGACUGAAAAGACCACAUUGACAAAUGAACCUACAGGUUCUACUGAUACAGCAACAUCUGAGCCUGCUGGUUCCACCUCAGUAUCUGAAUCAACAGAUCCAACUGAGUCGAUAACAUCACAGACUGCAGAGACCACAUUAACAAAUGAACCUACAGGUUCUACUGAUACAGCAACAUCUGAGCCUGCUGGUUCCACCUCAGUAUCUGAAUCAACAGUUCCAAAUGAGUCAGUAACAUCACAGAUUGCAGAGACCACACUGACAAAUGAACCUACAGGUUCUACUGAUACAGCAACAUCUGAGCCUGCUGGUUCCACCUCAGUAUCUGAAUCAACAGUUCCAACUGAGUCAGUAACAUCACAGAUUGUAGAGACCACAUUGACAAAUGAACCUACAGGUUCUACUGAUACAGCAACAUCUGAGCCUGCUGGUUCCACCGUGGUAUCUGAAUCAACAGUUCCAACUGAGUCAGUAACAUCACAGACUGCAGAGACCACAUUGACAAAUGAACCUACAGGUUCUACUGAUACAGCAACAUCUGAGCCUGCUGGUUCCACCUCAGUAUCUGAAUCAACAGUUCCAACUGAGUCUGUAACAUCACAGACUGCAGAGACCACAUUGACAAAUGAACCUACAGGUUCUACUGAUACAGCAACAUCUGAGCCAGCUGGUUCCACCUCGGUAUCUGAAUCAACAGUUCCAACUGAGUCAGUAACAUCACCGAUUGCAGAGACCACAUUGACAAAUGAACCUACAGGUUCUACUGAUACAGCAACAUCUGAGCCUGCUGGUUCCACCUCAGUAUCUGAAUCAACAGUUCCAACUGAGUCUGUAACAUCACAGACUGCAGAGAGCACAUUGACAAAUGAACCUACAGGUUCUACUGAUACAGCAACAUCUGAGCCUUCUGGUUCCACCUCAGUAUCUGAAUCAACAGUUCCAACUGAGUCGGUAACAUCACAGACUGCAGAGACCACAUUGACAAAUGAACCUACAGGUUCUACUGAUACAGCAACAUCUGAGCCUGCUGGUUCCACCCUGGUGUCCGAAUCAACAGUUCCAACUGAGUCGGUAACAUCACAGACUGCAGAGACCACAUUGACAAAUGAACCUACAGGUUAUACUGAUAAAACAACAUCUGAGCCUGCUGGUUCCACCUCAGUAUCUGAAUCAACAGUUCCAACUGAGUCAGUAACAUCAGAGACUGCAGAGACCACAUUGACAAAUGAACCUACAGGUUCUACUGAUACAGCAACGUCUGAGCCUGCUGGUUCCACCCUGGUAUCCGAAUCAACAGUUCCAACUGAGUCGGUAACAUCACAGACUGCAGAGACCACAUUGACAAAUGAACCUACAGGUUCUACUGAUUCAGCAACAUCUGAGCCUGCUGGUUCCACCAUGGUAUCCGAAUCAACAGUUCCAACUGAGUCGGUAACAUCACAGACUGCAGAGACCACACUGACAAAUGAACCUACAGGUUCUACUGAUUCAGCAACAUCUGAGCCUGCUGGUUCCACCUCAGUAUCUGAAUCAACAGUUCCAAAUGAGUCGGUAACAUCACAGACUGCAGACACCACACUGACAAACGAACCUACAGGUUCUACUGAUUCAGCAAUAUCUGAACCUGCUGGUUCCACCUCAGUAUCUGAAUCAACAGUUCCAACUGAGCCUGUAACAUCACAGACUGCAGAGACCACAUUGACAAAUGAACCUACAGGUCCUACUGAUACAGCAACAUCUGAGCCUGCUGGUUCCACCUCAGUAUCUGAAUCAACAGUUCCAACUGAGUCGGUAACAUCACAGACUUCAGAGACCACAUUGACAAAUGAACCUACAGGUUCUACUGAUACAGCAACAUCUGAGCCUGCUGGUUCCACCGUGGUAUCUGAAUCAACAGUUCCAACUGAGUCAGUAACAUCACAGACUGCAGAGACCACAUUGACAAAUGAACCUACAGGUUCUACUGAUACAGCAACAUCUGAGCCAGCUGGUUCCACCUCGGUAUCUGAAUCAACAGUUCCAACUGAGUCAGUAACAUCACCGAUUGCAGAGACCACAUUGACAAAUGAACCUACAGGUUCUACUGAUACAGCAACAUCUGAGCCUGCUGGUUCCACCUCAGUAUCUGAAUCAACAGUUCCAACUGAGUCUGUAACAUCACAGACUGCAGAGACCACAUUGACAAAUGAACCUACAGGUUCUACUGAUACAGCAACAUCUGAGCCUUCUGGUUCCACCUCAGUAUCUGAAUCAACAGUUCCAACUGAGUCGGUAACAUCACAGACUGCAGAGACCACAUUGACAAAUGAACCUACAGGUUCUACUGAUACAGCAACAUCUGAGCCUGCUGUUUCCACCCUGGUAUCCGAAUCAACAGUUCCAACUGAGUCGGUAACAUCACAGACUGCAGAGACCACAUUGAAAAAUGAACCUACAGGUUAUACUGAUAAAACAACAUCUGAGCCUGCUGGUUCCACCUCAGUAUCUGAAUCAACAGUUCCAACUGAGUCAGUAACAUCAGAGACUGCAGAGACCACAUUGACAAAUGAACCUACAGGUUCUACUGAUACAGCAACGUCUGAGCCUGCUGGUUCCACCCUGGUAUCCGAAUCAACAGUUCCAACUGAGUCGGUAACAUCACAGACUGCAGAGACCACAUUGACAAAUGAACCUACAGGUUCUACUGAUUCAGCAACAUCUGAGCCUGCUGGUUCCACCGCGGUAUCCGAAUCAACAGUUCCAACUGAGUCGGUAACAUCACAGACUGCAGAGACCACACUGACAAAUGAACCUACAGGUUCUACUGAUUCAGCAACAUCUGAGCCUGCUGGUUCCACCUCAGUAUCUGAAUCAACAGUUCCAAAUGAGUCGGUAACAUCACAGACUGCAGACACCACACUGACAAACGAACCUACAGGUUCUACUGAUUCAGCAAUAUCUGAACCUGCUGGUUCCACCUCAGUAUCUGAAUCAACAGUUCCAACUGAGCCUGUAACAUCACAGACUGCAGAGACCACAUUGACAAAUGAACCUACAGGUCCUACUGAUACAGCAACAUCUGAGCCUGCUGGUUCCACCUCAGUAUCUGAAUCAACAGUUCCAACUGUGUCGGUAACAUCACAGACUUCAGAGACCACAUUGACAAAUGAACCUACAGGUUCUACUGAUACUGCAACAACUGAGCCUGCUGGUUUCACCUCAGUAUCCGAAUCAACAGUUCCAUCUGAGUCGGUAACAUCACAGACUGCAGAGACCACAUUGACAAAUGAACCUACAGGUUCUACUGAUACAGCAACAUCUGAGCCUGCUGGUUCCACCUCAGUAUCUGAACCAACAGUUCCAACUGAGUCAGUAACAUCACAGACUGCAGAGACCACAUUGAAAAAUGAACCUACAGAUUCUACUGAUACAGCAACAUCUGAGCCUGCUGGUUCCACCUCAGUAUCUGAACCAACAGUUCCAACUGAGUCAGUAACAUCACAGACUGCAGAGACCACAUUGAAAAAUGAACCUACAGGUUCUACUGAUACAGCAACAUCUGAGCCUGCUGGUUCCACCUCAGUAUCUGAAUCAACAGUUCCAACUGAGUCAGUAACAUCACAGACUGCAGAGACCACAUUGACAAAUGAACCUACAGGUUCUACUGAUACAGCAACAUCUGAGCCUGCUGGUUCCACCGUGGUAUCCGAAUCAACAGUUCCAACUGAGUCGGUAACAUCAGAGACUGCAGAGACCACACUGACAAAUGAACCUACAGGUUCUACUGAUUCAGCAACAUCUGAGCCUGCUGGUUCCACCUCAGUAUCUGAAUCAACAGUUCCAACUGAGCCUGUAACAUCACAGACUGCAGAGACCACAUUGACAAAUGAACCUACAGGUUCUACUGAUACUGCAACAACUGAGCCUGCUGGUUUCACCUCAGUAUCUGAAUCAACAGUUCCAACUGAGUUGGUAACAUCACAGACUGCAGAGACCACAUUGACAAAUGAACCUACAGGUUCUACUGAUACAGCAACAUCUGAGCCUGCUGGUUCCACCUCAGUAUCUGAACCAACAGUUCCAAAUGAGUCAGUAACAUCACAGACUGCAGAGACCACAUUGAAAAAUGAACCUACAGAUUCUACUGAUACAGCAACAUCUGAGCCUGCUGGUUCCACCUCAGUAUCUGAACCAACAGUUCCAACUGAGUCAGUAACAUCACAGACUGCAGAGACCACAUUGAAAAAUGAACCUACAGAUUCUACUGAUACAGCAACAUCUGAGCCUGCUGGUUCCACCCUAGUAUCCGAAUCAACAGUUCCAACUGAGUCAGUAACAUCACAGACUGCAGAGACCACAUUGACAAAUGAACCUACAGGUUCUACUGAUACAGCAACAUCUGAGCCUGCUGGUUCCACCUCAGUAUCUGAAUCAACAGUUCCAACUGAGUCAGUAACAUCACAGACUGCAGAGACCACAUUGACAAAUGAACCUACAGGUUCUACUGAUACAGCAACAUCUGAGCCUGCUGGGUCCACCGUGGUAUCCGAGUCAACAGUUCCAACUGAGUCGGUAACAUCAGAGACUGCAGAGACCACACUGACAAAUGAACCUACAGGUUCUACUGAUUCAGCAACAUCUGAGCCUGCUGGUUCCACCUCAGUAUCUGAAUCAACAGUUCCAACUGAGCCUGUAACAUCACAGACUGCAGAGACCACAUUGACAAAUGAACCUACAGGAUCUACUGAUACAGCAACAUCUGAGCCUGCUGGUUCCACCUCAGUAUCUGAAUCAACAGUUCCAACUGAGCCUGUAACAUCACAGACUGCAGAGACCACAUUGACAAAUGAACCUACAGGUUAUACUGAUGCAGCAACAUCUGAGCCUGCUGGUUCCACCUCAGUAUCUGAAUCAACAGUUCCAACUGAGUCGGUAACAUCACAGACUGCAGAGACCACACUGACAAAUGAACCUACAGGUUCUACUGAUACAGCAACAUCUGAGCCUGCUGGUUCCACCUCAGUAUCUGAAUCAACAGUUCCAACUGAGUCUGUAACAUCACAGACUGCAGAGACCACAUUGAAAAAUGAACCUACAGGUUCUACUGAUACAGCAACAUCUGAGCCUGCUGGUUCCACCUCAGUAUCUGAAUCAACAGUUCCAACUGAGUCGGUAACAUCACAGACUGCAGAGACCACAUUGACAAAUGAACCUACAGGUUCUACUGAUACAGCAACAUCUGAGCCUGCUGGUUCCACCCUGGUAUCCAAAUCAACAGUUCCAACUGAGUCGGUUACAUCACAGACUGCAGAGACCACAUUGACAAAUGAACCUACAGGUUCUACUGAUACAGCAACAUCUGAGCCUCAUGGUUCCACCUCAGUAUCUGAAUCAACAGUUCCAACUGAGUCUGUAACAUCACAGACUGAAGAGACCACAUUGACAAAUGAACCUACAGGUUCUACUGAUACAGCAACAUCUGAGCCUGCUGGUUCCACCUCAUUAUCUGAAUCAACAGUUCCAACUGAGUCUGUAACAUCACAGACUGUAGAGACCACAUUGACAAAUGAACCUACAGGUUCUACUGAUACAGCAACAUCUGAGCCUGCUGGUUCCACCGUGGUAUCCGAAUCAACAGUUCCAACUGAGUCGGUAACAUCAGAGACUGCAGAGACCACACUGACAAAUGAACCUACAGGUUCUACUGAUUCAGCAACAUCUGAGCCUGCUGGUUCCACCUCAGUAUCUGAAUCAACAGUUCGAACUGAGUCGGUAACAUCACAGACUGCAGAGACCACACUGACAAAUGAACCUACAGGUUCUACUGAUACAACAACAUCUGAGCCUGUUGGUUCCACCUCAGUAUCUGAAUCAACAGUUCCAACUGAGUCGGUAACAUCACAGACUUCAGAGACCACAUUGACAAAUGAACCUACAGGUUCUACUGAUACAGCAACAACUGAGCCUGCUGGUUCCACCUCAGUAUCCGAAUCAACAGUCCCAACUGAGUCGGUAACAUCACAGACUGCAGAGACCACAUUGACAAAUGAACCUACAGGUUCUACUGAUACAGCAACAUCUGAGCCUGCUGGUUCCACCGCGGUAUCCGAAUCAACAGUUCCAACUGAGUCGGUAACAUCACAGACUGCAGAGACCACAUUGACAAAUGAACCUACAGGUUCUACUGAUACAGCAACAUCUGAGCCUGCUGGUUCCACCGUGGUAUCCGAGUCAACAGUUCCAACUGAGUCGGUAACAUCAGAGACUGCAGAGACCACACUGACAAAUGAACCUACAGGUUCUACUGAUUCAGCAACAUCUGAGCCUGCUGGUUCCACCUCAGUAUCUGAAUCAACAGUUCCAACUGAGUCGGUAACAUCACAGACUGAAGAGACCACAUUGACAAAUGAACCUACAGGUUCUACUGAUACAGCAACAUCUGAGCCUGCUGGUUCCACCUCAGUAUCUGAAUCAACAGUUCCAACUGAGUCUGUAACAUCAGAGACUGCAGAGACCACAUUGACAAAUGAACCUACAGGUUCUACUGAUACAGCAACAUCUGAGCCUGCUGGUUCCACCGUGGUAUCCAAAUCAACAGUUCCAACUGAGUCGGUAACAUCAGAGACUGCAGAGACCACAUUGACAAAUGAACCUACAGGUUCUACUGAUUCAGCAACAUCUGAGCCUGCUGGUUCCACCUCAGUAUCUGAAUCAACAGUUCCAACUGAGUCGGUAACGUCAGAGACUGCAGAGACCACAUUGACAAAUGAACCUACAGGUUCUACUGAUACAGCAACAACUGAGCCUGCUGGUUCCACCUCAGUAUCCGAAUCAACAGUUCCAACUGAGUCGGUAACAUCACAGACUGCAGAGACCACAUUUAGAAAUGAACCUACAGGUUCUACUGAUACAGCAACAUCUGAGCCUGCUGGUUCCACCUCAGUAUCUGAAUCAACAGUUCCAACUGAGUCUGUAACAUCACAGACUGAAGAGACCACAUUGAAAAAUGAACCUACAGGUUCUACUGAUACAGCAACAUCUGAGCCUGCUGGUUCCACCUCAGUAUCUGAAUCAACAGUUCCAACUGAGUCUGUAACAUCAGAGACUGCAGAGACCACAUUGACAAAUGAACCUACAGGUUCUACUGAUACAGCAACAUCUGAGCCUGCUGGUUCCACCGUGGUAUCCAAAUCAACAGUUCCAACUGAGUCGGUAACAUCAGAGACUGCAGAGACCACACUGACAAAUGAACCUACAGGUUCUACUGAUUCAGCAACAUCUGAGCCUGCUGGUUCCACCUCAGUAUCUGAAUCAACAGUUCGAACUGAGUCGGUAACAUCACAGACUGCAGAGACCACACUGACAAAUGAACCUACAGGUUCUACUGAUACAGCAACAUCUGAGCCUGUUGGUUCCACCUCAGUAUCUGAAUCAACAGUUCCAACUGAGUCGGUAACAUCACAGACUGCAGAGACCACAUUGACAAAUGAACCUACAGGUUCUACUGAUACAGCAACAACUGAGCCUGCUGGUUCCACCUCAGUAUCUGAAUCAACAGUUCCAACUGAGUCUGUAACAUCACAGACUGAAGAGACCACAUUGACAAAUGAACCUACAGGUUCUACUGAUACAGCAACAUCUGAGCCUGCUGGUUCCACCUCAGUAUCUGAAUCAACAGUUCCAACUGAGUCAGUAACAUCACAGACUGCAGAGACCACAUUGACAAAUGAACCUACAGGUUCUACUGAUACAGCAACAUCUCAGACUGCUGGUUCCACCUUAGUAUCUGAAUCAACAGUUCCAACUGAGUCAGUAACAUCACAGACUGCAGAGACCACAUUGCCAAAUGAACCUACAGGUUAUACUGAUACAGCAACAUCUGAGCCUGCUGGUACCACGUCAAUAUCUGAAUCAACAGGUCCAACUGAGUCAGUAACAUCACAGACUGCAGAGUCCACAUCACCAAAUGAACCUACAGGUUCUACUGAUACAGCAACAUCUGAGCCUGCUGGUACCAUGUCAACAUCUGAAUCAACCAGUUCAACUGAUUCAGUAACAUCUGAUCCUGCUGGUUCCACCUCAGUAUCUGAAUCAACAGGUCCAACUGAGUCAGUAACAUCACAGACUGCAGAGAACACUUUGCCAACUGAAUCUACAGGUUCUACAGAUACAGUAACAUCCGAACGUACCGGUACCACCUUAGUAUCUGAAUCAACCAGUUCAACUGUUUCAGUAUCAUCGCAGACUGCAGAGACCACAUCGCCAAAUGAACCUACAGGUUCUACUGAUACAGCAACAUCUGAGCCUGCCGGUACCACCUUAGUAUCUGAAUCAACCAAAACACCAACCAAAACACCAACUGUAACACCAACUGACCUAUCUACCGAACAACCCACUACUUUACCAACUACACAACCAACCACACAAUCUACCAAACCUACAUCUCUUCCACCAACUAUUGUGCCAGUUACCGUCGACAGGCCAGUUAUUGUUAAUGUGGUGAUCAAUCAGGAAUUUAAAGACAAAUAUGAAGACAAAAAUUCCCCUGAAUACAGAGACUUUGUUGGAAACUUCAUCAACCAGAUGGAAAGAUAUUACAAAGCAAAGAAGAUACCAAACUUUAAAGAAGUGGUGGUAACUAGUGUCAGCCGUGGACCCCCUACGGUCAGAUUCUCAGUUAACACUGUGGAAGAGAUGAGAUUAUCAAUUGAAGCCAUGGCUGUCUACAGUAUCACACCAAGAACAAAAGGUGUUAGUGUUACACAUGACGUGGUUUUGGCGAUCCCAAACAACAGCAGCCAAGAAGAAAUAUAUGUUAUCGACUUCCAUGCAGUUGAUGAGGCUAUUGGCCAGCUUGUUGGCUGCACAGCAGAUUGUCCCUACGAUGUAUCAACUACGCCUGUAGUGAAUAAAAAAGAGGCAGAUAUUGGAUCUGUAUGUAAAAGUGUUGUGGGCGAUUCAGAUGCUGUUGAAUACUACAAACCUGUGCUUGUUGAUGGAGCCAUCACGUGUGUGACUGUAUGCAACAGUCUACAUCCACGCCCUAAAACAUGCUACAAUAAGGGAAUCUGCAGACUGUUCAGUAGCACUGGACCUCUUUGCCAGUGCCUAAAUGUGGAUUCCACUUGGUACUUGGGCAAUGACUGUAGCUACCCUAUAGUGAGGACUGCUUUCUACAUAGGGUUAAGUGUGACCCUUGCUUGCCUGUUGGUGUCUCUGGGAGUCUUAACUGCAUACCUGAUGAUCAGCAAACGCAAGGAAUCACUGAAUAAAGACAUUAAAAACAAACAGGUGAAUCAGUGGAUGGCUGAAGACUUUGAGUGGUCCAGAGCCAACAGCGUCACUGGCACAUAUGAUGCUGGAGGGUUGGGAAACCCUGCAUUCGCACCUGAAGCAUCAGCCGUCCACAGAGACGUUUAUGUACAUCCUGCACCUGUCUACCAGCUCACCCAACCAUCUUUGGAUACUGACAGCAGACAGUGGAGCCCGUUGGCUCACAGUCACAACGCUCCCUCUUUUGAUGCUGGAUUCUCAUGGUCUGACAGCAUACCCCACAGAGUCAUUCCAACAAACCCGAUGAUAAUCAACAGACCUCAGAUCGUCAAGAGAUCAACAUCCUUUGAUGCCUGAGAACUGAAAACUUGAUGAUGAUGUCUACUUGUUUUAUUUCUUUUUGCUGCCUAAUAUAAACGCAUUUUUAUGGAUAUAAAAUGCAGCAGGUAUAAUUGUUCAAGUUGUUCUCAUGAACCAUUCGUACAUAUAGCUACCAAUAGUAAGGCACAUUAAUUUGUAUGUAUUCCACGUUUUUAAAGCACAGAACAAUAACUAUAACCAUAACUAUAACUAUAACGAUGUGAGCAUCCACACUGCUGAGCGAUAACGUUCUUCAAACAGCGACGUCAAGCAUGCAUUGCACGCUCCAGCUGAUAAUAAUAGAUCGCAGCAGACGUUGCAAUGUACAGGAAUGUCUGUAUUAAUAUCCUACAUAUUUGUGAAUUCAGGUAAAUUUUAUGAACCAAAAAAGUGCAGACACCUCUGCCUUCUCUAGGAAACAGCAGCGCACAGAAUGUCUUAUGUAAAAGGUCAGGGCAGAUGGGUUGGUCCUAAACCACAGGGCUGGGGGAGCAGAGCGUUUUCUUUGCAGACUUUCACCCAGGAAACCGGUGUACUGUGCAAGGGAACCGGUGCUUUUUGGGGGUGGGGGGCUUUUUCCUUUAUUCAAUAGUGACUGUGGAUAGACAGGAAAGGGAGAGACAGGGGGGAUGACAUGCAGAAAAGGGGCCACAGGUUGGAUUCGAACCCGUGCUGCUGCAGGGGACUCAGUCUACAUGGGGGCGCACGCUCUCACUGGGUGAGCUAGAGGUUGCCCUGGGAACCAGUGUUUUAACGUAAAAUCUUUAAUCUGGUGCUUAAACUAAACUUCGUCUCUGCAGGACGACUGUGAGCCGGCUACAGGCGCCGCCAGAUGAUGGUCCUUUCAGGGGCCCGAAAAAGUGAGCGUCAUGCGGCAAUGACAGUUAAGUUCUGGCACCAAAAAGACUAGUUAAGUUUAGGAAAAAGAUUGUGGUUAAAACACUCCCGAGGAACGAACGAAGUUUCCUGGGUGAAAGUCUUUUGUUUUCGCUGCGAAUUGAACUCCGCUCUCCAGCUUGAAAGCUUUGUGUUUUAUGUUUAUGUCGUGCAAUUUUAUUUUGAGAUUAUUUUCCAUUGGAUAUUGAAGUGCAAAAGUGUUUUGGCAUGGACGGCCGAGUGGCACUAUCUAUGGUAUUGAAAGGGGGAUUUAUUUAUUGCAUGUUUUGUUUUGCUGUGCAUGAUAAAAAACAAAAACAACUCUGCUUUCUUCACAAAUCGCACCCUGUUUAUACCUGUAUUUUAAGAUAUAUAUUUUAUUUUAUUGCUUGAUUUAUUUAUUUAUUAAACUGAGAGCACACCAAAGUGGAAACAUAAAUACAUUUUCUAUGAGUCGAAUAGCCCUGUCAUAAAUGUUACCUUUGUGUAGCUUCAGUUCAAAAAGGUAUUGAUUCAUCUCUGUGGUCAUUUGUGAAGCAUGAUGGAAUGCAUGAUCGUGAGAGGUUGUGCUAAUAUUUACACACACGUAGGGCACGAAACACCCCCCCCCCUCCCGGUGGAGAUUUCACAUGUACCUUAGUAGCACAGAGGUACUUUGAAUGGCUGUUUCUCCAACUGCUCCCUAGAUCAGUUGGUAGUGAGCUUGAAUUACUGGGGCACCUAAAAGUCAGCGACCUACAGUUGAUAAUGAUGUCACACACAUAGGCAGGGGGGUAUCGGGGGUGUGCAAGGGAUAUGUCCCCCCCCAAUAUUUAGAAGAGGGAGAUUUGUCCCCUUUCAACAAAUAUGAUUAGUUUUGGGAGAUUAAGACCACGUUGUCACUUUUUUCUUUUCUUUUACGUUUGUUGCUUUUUAUGACAUUUUUGUCCUUUUUUCCCCAAUGUUUUCAGAAGUUCACUAACUAGCUUUGUAUGAGAGAGUUUUAAAUAGUUUCUAACAGAAAUUUUUCUUGAAUUACGGGGCAAAGUCCGGGGAAUGAGCACCUUUGCCUCUGACUGGAGCAGUGAAGAGAGAUUCUGGCAUUGGGAUAACUUUGGUAAAUGGGCAGUUAUAUGUACUGAACUAAGGACCAGAUUUGUUUGAAAUCUGAAGUUUUGAGUUUGUCGAGUAAGCACAGAUGCUUUCAGCCUAUGAUGAUUAAGAUCGGAGGCAGGAGAGGACUGAAUGUAUUGUGAUUUUUGCACUACUAGUUGAAAUAAAUUAUUUUAUUGGAAAUGAA